AUGCCUGCCGCCGAGACCAAGGUGCCUGCCACCUCCGCCAAGGAGACCGCUCAGUCGGUUGCUGUUCUUGAGGAUCUGAUCAAGAACCUCAACGUCUCCACCAGCCCCGAGGAGGUCAACGCCGCCGCCGGCAACAUUGCCCACCUCUUCAGCGGUCCUAUCCCCGAGCAGGCUCUUCCCAAGGCCGCUGCUGAGGCCUUCAAGAAGCAGCUCGCCAACAAGAAGGAUGCUACCGUUCGUGAGCGUGCUCUGGAGGGUAUCCGGGCUAUUGCCUCGCACGCCAACAUCUCCCCCGCCGUCGAGCCUCACCUUGUCGACCUUCUGCGCCCUGUCCUCGCUGCUGUCGGUGACAAGAUGGUCCCCGUCAAGGAGGCCGCCCAGAGUGCUGCUGCAGCCAUUGUCCAGGCUGUGAACGGUAACGCUGUCAAGGCCAUCACCCCCAUCAUCAUCGACUCCCUCCAGAACGCCCAGAAGUGGCCCGAGAAGAUGGCCGCCCUCAACUGCCUUGGCAUCCUCGUCGAGGCUGCCCCCGCCCAGCUCUCUUACCAGGUCCCUCAGUUGAUUCCCGUUGUCUCCGAAGCCAUGUGGGACACCAAGUCCGAGAUCAAGAAGGCUGCCUACUCCACCAUGGAGAAGGUUUGCGGUCUGAUUGUCAACAAGGAUAUUGAGCGUUUCAUUCCCGAGCUCAUCAAGUGUAUCGCCAAGCCCGAGAACGUCCCCGAGACCGUGCACUUGCUCGGUGCUACCACUUUCGUUACCGAUGUCACUGGCCCUACCCUCGCUAUCAUGGUUCCCCUGCUUGACCGUGGUCUUGUCGAGCGUGAGACUGCCAUCAAGCGUAAGUCUGCUGUCAUUGUCGACAACAUGUGUAAGCUGGUCGAGGACCCCCAGAUCGUCGCUCCUUUCUUGCCCAAGAUGUUGCCGGGUCUGAACAAGAACUACGAGACUCUGGCCGACCCCGAGGCCCGUGAGAAGACCCGCCAGGCUCUGGACACCCUCACCCGUGUCGGUGAUGUCAAGGAUGGUAAGAUCCCUGAGGUCUCCACCGCCGGUGACAUCUCCACCGUCUCUGCUAUCCUGAAGGACAUCCUCCAGGCCAAGUACAAGGACCGUAUCGCCGAUAACGAGACUAUCAUCAACUACGUUGCCGCCAUCGGUGGUCAGCUCGUUGACGAGAAGGACGCCGAUGCCCUCACCUGGGUCCAGAACGCCGUUCCCUACAUCACUGCCAUCGUCGGCGAGCAGGACGCCAAGCCCAUCGCUGAGGAGCUUCGCAAGCGUGCCUCCCCCCAGGCCGCUGAAGAUGAUGCCGUCAACUCUGACGAGGAGGAGGGUGAGGAUCUCUGCAACUGCACCUUCUCCCUGGCCUACGGUGCCAAGAUCCUUCUCAACCAGACUCACCUUCGCCUGAAGCGUGGUCAGCGUUACGGUCUGCUCGGCCCCAACGGUUCCGGCAAGACCACUCUCAUGCGUGCCAUCAACAACGAGCAGCUUGAGGGUUUCCCCAAGAAGGACGAGGUCAAGACUGUCUACGUCGAGCACGACCUCGAUGCUGCUGACACCGAGAAGACCGUCAUCGGCUGGACCCUCCAGAAGCUGCGUGACGUUGGCCUUGACCCCAACGAGGCUGAGGUCACUGACAAGCUGAUCAACGAGUUCGGCUUCCUGCCUGAGUUGGUCUCUGGCCCCAUUGGUGCCCUCUCUGGUGGUUGGAAGAUGAAGCUGGCUCUGUGCCGUGCCGUCUUCGAGGCCCCCGAUAUCCUCCUGCUCGAUGAGCCCACCAACCACAUGGACGUCAAGAACGUUGAGUGGCUCGAGAACUACCUCAAGAGCUCCCCCUGCACUUCCAUCAUGGUCUCCCACGACUCCCGCUUCUUGGACCACGUCAUCCAGCACGUUAUCCACUACGAGCGCUUCAAGCUGAAGCGUUACCGUGGCUCCCUCAGCGAGUUCGUCAAGAAGGUCCCCUCUGCCCGCUCCUACUACGAGCUGGGUGCCUCCGAGAUGGAGUUCAAGUUCCCCGAGCCCGGUUUCCUCGAGGGUGUCAAGACCAAGUCCAAGGCCAUCAUCCGUGUCAACAACAUGGCUUUCCAGUACCCCAACACUCCUAAGCCCCAGAUUCGGGACAUUACUUUCCAAGUUUCCCUCGGUUCCCGUAUUGCCGUCAUUGGCCCCAACGGUGCCGGAAAGUCUACCCUGGUCAACGUCCUUACUGGUGAGCUGAUCCCCACCAGCGGUGAUGUCUACCAGCACGAGAACAUCCGUAUCGCCUACAUUAAGCAGCACGCUUUCGCCCACAUCGACCACCACCUUGACUCCACUCCCUCCGAGUACAUCCAAUGGCGUUUCCAGACCGGUGAGGACCGUGAGACCAUGGACCGUGCCAACAAGAUCGUCACCGAGGCCGACGAGAAGGCCAUGGACAAGAUCUACAAGGUCGAUGGUACCCUUCGUCGUGUCAUCGGCGUCCACUCUCGUCGUAAGUUCAAGAACACCUACGAGUACGAAGUCUCAUGGGCUCUGGGUGAGAACAUCGGCAUGAAGUCCGAGAAGUGGACUCCUCUCAUGAGCGCCGACAACACCUGGGUGCCCCGUUCCGAGAUCAUGGAGUCCCACUCCAAGCAGGUCGCCGAGGUUGACCAGAAGGAGGCCCUCGCCUCCGGUCAGUUCCGUCCUUUGGUCCGUAAGGAGAUCGAGCAGCACUGCGCCAACUUCGGUCUCGAUGCCGAGCUUGUUUCUCACUCGCGUAUGCGUGGUCUCUCCGGUGGCCAGCGUGUCAAGGUCGUCCUUGCCGCUUGCUCCUGGCAACGUCCCCACGUCAUCGUCCUGGACGAGCCUACCAACUACCUGGACCGUGACUCUCUGGGUGCCCUCUCCAAGGCCAUCAAGUCUUUCGAGGGUGGUGUUAUCAUCAUUACUCACUCUCGUGAGUUCACUGAGAACCUCACUGAGGAAGUCUGGGCCGUCAACAACGGUCUCAUGUCUCCCUCAGGACACAACUGGGUCCAGGGUCAAGGUUCCGGCCCCCGCCUUGACGCCAAGGCUGACGACGAGGAGGAUAAGUUCGAUGCCAUGGGUAACAAGAUCGUCGUCGAGAAGAAGAAGAAGCUCACUGGAUCUGAGCUGCGCAAGAAGAAGAAGGAGCGUGCUGCCCGCCGCAAGCGUGGUGAGGAGGUCUUCUCUGAUGAGGAUGACUUGUAA